AUGAAGUUUACCGCCGCCACCCUUGCUGCUCUUGCAGUUGUCACUUCUGCACUGCCCACCGAUGUCCAUUACGAGGCUCCCAAAGGUAAGUCAUGCAGCCCAGGAUUCUACUUGGGUCAACUCCUUACUGACCAUGACUANGGCGGUUGGGAAUCCGUCGACUACCCUAAGGGCACUGGCGAGAACCUCCACGAGUACCCCCCUCCCCCUGGCGGCUGGGAAUCUGUCGACUACUCCAAUGGCGGCGCCGCACCUGCCAAAUGCCCCGAAGCUCCCAAAACGGCAGGCUCGCCCUUCACAUUCACCUCUUACUAUGAAGUCAAGGCCGUUCCUGGUGAAGUCGUCAAUGGCACAACCCCUACCGGGGGUCUCGAGGGCGCCUCAGGCCUGUUCAAGAUCGGUAUCAACAGCGACCUGAACCUGAUCUGCUACAACAUUGAGAUCUACAACUUCCGUGGCGAGUACCAAUCUCCUGCCGCAACAGCUACCCACAUCCACGAGGCUGCAAAGGGCGCUUCCGGUCCUCCUAGAAUUGCCUUCCCUAACCCUGUUGACGUUGGCAAUGGUGUUCGCCGCUCUAUUGGUUGUCAACAGGGUCCUUUCAAGACUGGCCUUUUGGCUAAUGGAAAGGAUACCGCUGAAGGCUUCCACAUCAGCCAGAUCGAGAAGAACCCUGCUGGUUUCUUCGCCGAUACUCAUUCCAACUUGGCUGUCCCCGGUGCUGUUCGUGGUCAGCUUGCUUAG